GAUCAUUCCACGGCUUAGCCAUCAUAACUUGUCGGUGGCAGAGAAUGAUCACAGGGGAUGUGCUUUGACAAAAGCGUUGUCGUGUCGUCUUGAUCUGCUGCGUCGUAGUGUUGUCUAUCCGGGAACAACGGUAGCAACAGUGACAACCAGCACGGUGUUCACGGCGGGCAUUGGACUUUAACCAGAAUGAUGUACUGUCAGUUCUUUUGUGUCUUGGUUUGUAUGCUUUUUCUGCUCCUAUUGUCCUCUUCUUUGGGAUCGAUUCUUUUCUUUUGGAGGUCUCAGGUUGUUGGUUGUCGGUUGUUAGUUUGGCAAAAGAAAGGGGUGGCUUUUUGGGACCGAGUUGCGGAGGUGGAAGUUCUGUUGUACCUUCAACACCAACGGAGCAGCAAGGGGGAAGAGAAGAGAAAAAUAAAGGAAUCAGCGAGAGGGGGAACCGGGCGCAGACAAUGUGGGCGGGGGAAGAAAAGUUCGGCUGCGGUGCUGGAGGCUCAGAGCGCAGCCUUAUUUAAUACUUUCUGGCAUUGUCGACUGAGCAAGAGCCUUAUUCGGCGGCAUGGGGUCCCUCCACCCCUCACAGAGGCAUGGCGGAGGGACGGGACAUGGACAAGGGCAUCGCUGUACUCGACGAGGCAGCGGCGGCUUGCAGCAAGGCAGAUCAGAGGGCAAGCAGCCCACCUCUAGACUCCUGGAGCCCGCUUGGCGGUUGAAUGACCUAGGCAAAGAGGCGCC